UUUACCUUUAUUAUUCCUUAGCAAAACCUCCUGACUCAUAAACAGAUUCUUUCACCAUGGAUUCUGCUCGUAGCUUACUCAACAACGUUAAACGUGUCGUCAUUAAGAUGGGGACAGCAAUCGUGACACGGGACGAUGGACGACUGGCCAUCGGCCGAGUAGGUGCUAUCUUUGAGCAGAUUGAAGAGCUCAGUUCUCAAGGAUUUGAGAUCAUCUUAGUGUCCUCAGGUGCUGUCGGAGCUGGCCGCCAAAGGCUUCGAUAUAGAAGAUUGGUCCAUAGCAGUUUUGCGGAUCUCCAAAAACCACAGCUUGAGAUAGACGGGAAGGCAUGUGCGGCUGUUGGGCAGAACGGGCUUAUGGCGGUUUAUGACAAUUUAUUCAGCCAGCUGGACAUGACCUCUUCUCAGCUUCUGGUGACCGAUAUUGACUUCAAGGAUCCAGAUUUCAGAGAACAGCUUUCUGAAACAGUUGACACUUUACUAGCGUUGAAAAGCAUUCCCAUUUUCAAUGAAAACGACGCUAUAAGUACUAGGAGAGCUCCUUACACUGAUUCUUCUGGUAUAUUCUGGGACAACGACAGUUUGGCUGCCUUACUGGCCCUGGAAUUGAAAGCCGACCUACUUCUUCUACUGACGGAUGUGGAUGGCCUUUACAGCGGUCCACCUAAUGAUCCGAAUUCUAAGCUGAUCCAUACUUACGUUAAGCAAAAGCACGAAGGGGAAAUCACGUUUGGGGAUAAAUCCAGAGUGGGAAGAGGAGGCAUGCAUGCGAAAGUCAAAGCUGCCAUCAAUACUGCUCUUUCGGGUACCCCUGUUAUUAUUGCCAGUGGCUUUGUGCCGCAGAAUAUCACAAAGGCAAUAAACGGGGAAUGUGUUGGCACUCUCUUUCAUGAAGAAGCGCAUUUGUGGGUUCCUGACGUUAAUGAUGUUAAUGGUCGAGAGAUGGCUGUUGCAGCUCAUGAGUGUUCUAGAAAGCUUCGGGGAUUAUCUUCAGAAGAGAGAAGGAAACUUCUGUUAGAUAUAGCUGAUGCCUUGGAGGCAAAUGAAAGCUUAAUCAAUGCGGAGAAUCAAGUAGAUGUUUACACUGCUGAGACACGCUGUUAUGACAAGUCGCUGACAUCGUGUUUGAUCCUGAAACCUGGGAAGGUAUCUGCCCUAGCAAAAUCUAUACGAGUGAUUGCUGACAUGGAAGAACCAAUAGGCUGCAUAUUGCGGAAGAUGGAGCUUGCAGAUGGACUCAUCUUGGAGAAGAAAACACAUCCUUUGGGAGUUCUACUAGUCAUCUUUGAGUCUCGACCAGAUGUGUUAGUACAGAUUGCUUCACUGGCAAUCAAGAGUGGAAAUGGACUACUGUUGAAAGGUGGGAAAGAAGCUAACCAUACAAAUGCAAUCUUACACAAGGUUAUAACAGAGGCAAUCCCGGAUUCUGUGGGGAAAAUGCUCAUUGGCCUCGUGACUUCAAGAGAUGAAGUUUCUGACCUGCUUAAGCUUGAUGAUGUGAUUGAUCUUGUGAUCCCUAAAGGAAGCAACAAACUAGUUUCUCACAUAAAAGAGUCCACAAAAAUCCCAGUUCUGGGUCAUUCUGAUGGAAUAUGCCAUGUUUAUGUCGACAAGUCAGCAAAGAUGGAUAUGGCUGAGAAGAUCAUCUUGGAUGCAAAGUUGGAUUACCCGGCAGCUUGUAAUGCUAUGGAAACACUGCUAGUUCACGCUGACUUGGCUGCCAACGGUGAGCUACAGAAGCUUGUUGAAGAGCUCCAAUUGGAAGGUGUUCAUCUGUAUGGUGGACCAAAAGCAACUGGUUUACUGAAUAUCGAUGAAGCAGAGACACUACAUCAUGAGUAUAGUUCAAGGGCUUGCACCAUUGAAAUAGUAGAUGAUGUGCAUGCUGCUAUCGAUCAUAUCCAUCAGCAUGGAAGCAACCAUAGUGACUGCAUCAUAGCUGAGGACAAGGAAGUUGCUGAAUAUUUCCUGAGUCAAGUAGACAGUGCAGCAGUUUUCCAUAAUGCAAGUACAAGAUUCUGUGAUGGAGCUCGGUUUGGACUAGGAACAGAGGUUGGGAUAAGCACAAGCAAAAUCCAUGCACGCGGCCCUGUUGGAGUUGAAGGACUCUUAACGACAAGAUGGAUUGUAAGAGGCAAUGGGCAAGUGGUAGAUGGAGAUAAAGGGGUUGUUUAUACCCACAAAAACCUAAGCCUUAACUUUGAGUGAUAGUUAAACGAGAAGGCAGAUGCUUAUCACAGACAGAUGGUUAUUUGGAAGAUUGGUACCUUAAUUCUUUAGUGUCUUAUUCUUAG